UAAUGAUGAAACAAAGGUUAUAUUUCUUCAUAACAAAAAAAUGACGCGAACAUUUUUUUCAUUCAUAAAAGCAAUAACGAAAGAAAGAAUUUGAGACAAAUAAAUCCGCCCACCCCCCAUAAUUUCGCAUGAUGAUAAUUUAGCUGUAUUAUGAACUAUUAAGUUAAAUUUUAUAAAAGAUACGUUAUUCAAUUAUUAAAUAUUAAUCAUAAAAUAAUUUAAUAUGUUUAAAAAACUAUAAAAAAAUUAAUGAUAUUCGUGCUGUUGUUCUACGCAGUGUUGUUAUGCAUUAGUUUCUAAUAUCUAUAGUCUUAAUUAAACAAAAUUUUUAAAUAAAACAAUAAAAAUGCUUCAGCUCUUAUUAUUCAUAAAGUGCUAGUUUCAUUACUAAGAAUUCACUCUAUUCAUGGCGUUUCGUAUGAUGUCAGCAAUAGUAACAGGAACUCAAAUUACAACAGAAUCUAAUAAUGAACCUAAUCAUGCAAAUGAUAGGGCAAAACUUCAAGAAAAUCUUUUAGCGGCAGCUAAAUUAUGUCAUGUAAGAUUUGGAGGUCGAAUGGAAUUAGCCACUGAAAGUGAUCAAUGUGUCUCAAAACUCUGUCAUGCUUUUGAAUCAAUAUUUUGUCAUGGAUUACGAUCUAAACCGAUUGAUAAAUUUAAUUCGGCAUUAAGACACGUAUCGGAUUUAGUUUCUGGAGUAACGACCAAAAACGAUGCAGCUUUUUGGCCUUGUAUAAAAGAGCAAUGUACAUGGCAUGAGCAAGAAAGAUUCAGUGUUCUCAGGCAUGUUCAAACGGAUUAUGGACGUGGGCGUGCAUGGUUGAGAGCUGCAUUAAAUGAACGAUCUUUAGAGCGUCAUCUGCAUGCGAUUAUUAAUAUUAGUACCUUAAUAGUUUUUUAUGAAGAUUGGGCUUUUUUGAUGGAUCAAGAAAAGAGUUCAGUGCUUCCUAAUAUUGCUGCAGGACUUGGAACAAUUGUAUUUGCAAUUAGGAUUGAUAAUGAAGAAUUGGAUGAUCGAUCUGAAAACAGAGAAGUUGGGAAGUUUUUAGCUUCACAAUCAGAACCAAUUAUUUCUUCAGGAUUAGAAUCAAAUGUAAUACGUGAAAAAAGGAAGAAAGUUCCAGCUCAAAUAAUAUCUUUUGAUAAUGAUGAAGAAGAUGAUAAAAUAUUAGAUAAUAAAACGACAGCAUCAAUGAGUGCUCCACCUACUUGUUCAAAUUCUCCUUCCACAAUUAUCAAUAAAGAUUCUAUAUCUCCAUUUGAACCCACAUCGCUAAAUAUUUUAGAAGCCCGGGAUUCUAAUGAUGUAACUUCAGAUGUUCAAUCUAAUAAUUUUGAAAGAAGUGAUUCUUUAGAGGAAGAAAGAGUUUUAACUCCGUUAACUGAUGUUGGGAAUAUCGGAGGGUUAGUUCCAGUGUCUCCACUAGAUCAAACACUUAAUGAUAUGCUGGUAACUCUUCCUAAUUAUAUAGAUGAUGAAUCUGAAAUUACAGAGAAUGCUAUUGAAGCUACAGAACCUUUAGCUGGUUUAGAUUCUCAUAUAGAUGCUGAUCAAUUAGACAUUAAUGCUCUUCGAGUUCGACUUUUAGCAAUGAGUGAAGUUCUAGAACAAGCUAAAGAAGAUGCUGUUACUAGUAGAUUACAAUUAGCACGAUUCCAAAGACAGCAUCAAAAUUAUUUAGAGCGCCAUGAGGUUCAAUUGCAGGCAUUGAACAGAGAAAAUGAGUUACUAAGACAGCAAUUACGGAAAUAUGUCACUGCUGUACAGAUGUUAAAAAGAGAUUCAGAUAAUGCUAUGGUUUCAGAAGAAGAACAAUCGAGAGAUUAUCAUAAUGAAGCUCAACAGUACCAAGAAAAACUAGUUCAAGUAGCUGAAAUGCAUGCAGAGCUCAUGGAAUUCAAUGCCAGAUUAACUAUGCAAUUAACCAAUCGUGAUAUAUUAGUUAAAAGACUGCAAACAGAAUUAGAAUGUUUACGAGGACCUUUGAAUGAAGAAGAUAUGCCUGCUGAACCACCUUGUCUUAUUCACAUCUGGAUUCCAUCGGCGUUUCUCACUGGACAAUUAUCAGAUAUUCAUCAUGUUUAUCAGAUAUACAUUCGCAUUAGAGAUGUUGAAUGGAAUAUUUACCGUCGUUAUGCUCAAUUUUACGCUCUCUAUAGAGAAUUAAAGAAACAUGAUACUAUUGUUACAACUUUUGAAUUUCCUCCGAAAAAAACUAUAGGAAAUAAAGAUGCUAAAUUUGUUGAAGAACGAAGGCAAAAACUUCAACAGUGGUUGAGAAGAAUCGUUGGUAGAUUAGCACAUUGUUCUCCUGCAUUUACUUUGCGACCAACUAAGCAUACAUUAAUAUCUCUUAUACCAUUUUUUGGUGAUUAUGUAAAUAAUGAAACAGCUAAAAGGAAAAGUUCAGGAAGAAAUAAUUUAUCAUCUUCACCGCAGUACAUGGGUUUAUAACUCAAAAUAUUAUUGCUGUUAAAUGUAUAUAAACGAAUUGAAAUUUAAUUUAUAAAAUGAAAUUUUUUAAAUUAACAAAUUUUAAUUUGAAUAAUAUUUUAUUUUGAAAAGCUAUAAGUUUUCAAUGAGAUACACUAAUUAAUUUUUGUUAUUAGAUACAAAUGUAAUGAUUCAAUAUAAAAAUUGUUACUAAUGUAUUACAGAAAUUUGCUGUACUUUAUAUCAUGAUUGUUAAUGUAAUUUGUACAGUAUUAUUUCUUAAUAUUUAUUAUAAUCGGUUGAUAAAAAUUGACUCUAUGCAUGAAUGUUAGCAUAAAAAAAUUCAUAUAUGUUAAUAAUAAUUAUUAAAGGCUGGCCUUUCAUAUAUAAAGAUUCAUUAAUUGAUGUGUUAAUUGGCACUAUUUUUAAUGUAAAUAGUAAUAUACUUUCUUAUGAUAUUAAUUAGAAAGUAAGUAAAAAUAAGGAAAUGAAAAACGUCCAAGUGAAUGUGAUGUUGAUAAAUUUUAAAAAAUUUUAUUUAUGUAAGGCGACUUAACAGUAAUAUAAAAAGGUACACUUCUUUCAUACUUAUACUUUAUGAUAAAAAUAAAAGUGCAUAUUAUUAUUGGAACAAGUACAUACAACUUUAGGCUGAUAAAUAAUACAAGGAAUUAUUUUUUUAUAAAAACGAUACGUCUAGCCAUUUACGCAGAUGAGUUGUUUAUUUCUUUUUUCAUUAUUUAUGUAUUACAUUAUUAUUUUUUUUUUGUUUUCAAAUUAUUGUAGAAAGAAUAAACCAAAAUAAAGCGGGAAGAAAUUAUGUGAGAUCAGUAUUUAAUCCUAAAGCUAAAAAAACAUUAACAAAUUGACCUUAAAUAAUAGUAAAAAUUAUUUUUUUUAUUUAUUCAUAAAUGUAAAAAGAUAUAUUAAGUAAAUAAAAUUAAAACAAAUUAACCACAGUUGUAUUGAAAAUUGUAACAACUAUUCCUUUCCAUAUUGCGAUAAUUAAUAGUAUUAAUUACCAAGGUGUGUUAAUAAUUGUUUUCUUUCAUGUUAUCAUUCAUGAACCAU